CGGCGCAUGCGCAGUGCUGGCGGUGAGGGAAUCACAGGCCUGGCUGCUGCUGGAGGAGGAUCUGGGCUGUCGGUGGGUUUGGGACUAAGCGCAGGAAGCGACUUCGCACACUGCGAGGAGCCCCGGGUGGCCAGGCGGCGUGGGGAGCCGGUUGCUGAAACUGAAAGGAGUAGAGGAGCCAGUACUUUAAUUUUGCGUGGAGCUUUUGGAAAAUUACUGCAAUGCUGUAAAUCAGAACCUCAGUUAAGUUUGGUAGCUGUAGUGGGAGGGAAGUGGAAGAAUCCAGUGACAGCCACCAGAGUUUUAGAAAAUGCAGAGUUUGAUGCUGUUCUGUAGAAGAGGAUAUAUUUAAACCCACAUUCGUCUGAAGGAUCAGUGUUUAUCCUAAAUAUCACGGUUUAACAUCCCAAAAAGUAUAAGAGGCAGACGUACAAAUGUCUACCACAAGACUAAAGUGUGACAUGUUAUGUUCUUUACCAUAAGGACCCAUAAAAUGAGCUCCAUUACAGACAGAGAUGAUGGUAGUAUUUUUGAUGGUCUGGUGGAAGAAGAUGACAAGGAUAAAGCAAAAAGAGUGUCUAGAAACAAGUCUGAAAAGAAACGUAGAGAUCAGUUUAAUGUUCUCAUCAAAGAGCUUGGUUCCAUGCUUCCGGGUAAUGUUCGGAAGAUGGAUAAAUCCACUGUACUGCAGAAAAGCAUUGACUUUUUACGGAAGCACAAAGAAAUCACUGCACAGUCAGAUGCCAGUGAAAUUCGACAGGACUGGAAACCUACAUUCCUUAGUAACGAAGAGUUCACACAGUUAAUGUUGGAGGCUCUUGAUGGUUUUUUUUUAGCAAUCAUGACAGAUGGAAGUAUAAUAUAUGUGUCUGAAAGUGUAACUCCCUUACUUGAACAUUUGCCAUCUGAUCUUGUGGAUCAGAGUAUAUUUAAUUUUAUCCCAGAGGGGGAACAUUCAGAGGUUUAUAAAAUACUGUCUACUCAUCUGCUGGAAAGUGAUUCAUUGACCCAAGAAUAUUUAAAAUCAAAAAAUCAAUUAGAAUUCUGUUGCCAUAUGCUGCGAGGAACAAUAGACCCGAAAGAACCACCUACAUAUGAAUAUGUAAAGUUUAUAGGAAAUUUCAAGUCUUUGAAUAAUGUCCCCAACUCAGCGCACAACGGUUAUGAAGGAACUAUCCAGCGGCCCCAUCGGCCUUCAUAUGAAGACAGAGUUUGCUUUGUAGCUACAGUUAGGUUAGCUACACCUCAGUUUAUCAAGGAAAUGUGCACUGUUGAAGAACCCAAUGAAGAGUUCACAUCUAGACAUAGCUUAGAAUGGAAGUUCCUAUUCUUGGAUCACAGGGCACCUCCAAUAAUAGGCUAUUUACCAUUCGAAGUUCUGGGGACAUCGGGCUAUGAUUACUAUCAUGUAGAUGACCUAGAAAAUCUGGCAAAAUGUCACGAACACUUAAUGCAAUACGGGAAAGGGAAGUCAUGUUAUUACAGGUUCCUGACAAAGGGGCAGCAGUGGAUUUGGCUACAAACACAUUACUAUAUUACUUAUCAUCAGUGGAAUUCCAGGCCAGAGUUUAUUGUCUGUACACACACUGUAGUAAGUUAUGCAGAAGUUCGAGCAGAAAGAAGGCGAGAACUUGGUAUUGAAGAGUCUCUUCCAGAGAUAGCAGCAAAUAAAAAUCAGGACUCCGGAUCUGAUAAUCAUAUAAACACAGUCAGCCUCAAAGAAGCAUUGGAAAGAUUUGAUCACAGCGGUACACCUUCUGCUUCCUCCAGGAGUUCGAGGAAAUCUUCGCAUACUGCAGUCUCAGAUCCAUCAUCAACGCCAACAAAGAUGACAAUGGACACUAGCACUCCUCCAAGACAAAACUUAUCUGGUCAUGAAAAGACUGCACCAAGGAGGUCAUCACUUAGUAGUCAGUCCUUAAACGCCCAAUCUGUUGGACAACCAUUAGCACAGCCAAUGAUGUCUCAACCUGCAACUUUGCAGAUCCAGCCAGGCAUGUCCCAGCCUAUGUUCCAGUUCUCAGCCCAAUUGGGAGCCAUGCAGCACCUAAAGGACCAGUUGGAGCAAAGAACACGAAUGAUAGAGGCAAAUAUUCAUCGGCAGCAAGAAGAGUUGCGUAAGAUUCAAGAACAGCUUCAAAUGGUCCAUGGUCAAGGGCUUCAGAUGUUUUUGCAGCAAUCAACUCCUGGAUUAAACUUUGGUUCUGUGCAGCUUACUUCUGGGAACUCUUCUAACAUUCAGCAGCUUACAUCAAUAAACAUGCAAGGUCAAGUUGUUCAGGCUAAUCAAAUUCAAGGCGGAAUGAACACUGGGCAUAUUAGUACUCAGCACAUGAUACAGCAACAGCCUUUGCAGAGUACAGCAACACAGCAUACUCAGCAAAAUAUACUUAGUGGGCACAAUCAACAGACUUCUCUUACCAGUCAGUCACAGAAUACACUUUCAGCCCCCUUAUAUAACACUAUGGUGAUUUCCCAGCCAACGACAGGAAAUGUGGUCCAGAUUCCAUCUAGUUUACCACAAAACAACAACCAGAGUGCUGCAGUAACUACUUUCACCCAGGACAGACAGAUCAGAUUUUCUCAAGGUCAGCAGCUUGUCACAAAAUUAGUCACCGCCCCUGUAGCAUGUGGAGCGGUAAUGGUCCCAAGCACUAUGUUUAUGGGGCAGGUGGUGACUGCCUACCCCACUUUUGCUGCACAACAGCAGCAGCCACAGACAUUAUCAAUAACGCAGCAGCAGCAGCAGAGUCAGCAAGAGCAGCAACAGCAGCUCAGUACGGUUCAGCAAUCGGCUCAAGCUCAGCUGACGCAGCACCCGCAGCAGUUCUUACAGACAUCCAGGCUACUUCAUGGAAAUCAAUCAACUCAGCUUAUUCUCUCUGCUGCUUUCCCACUACAACAAAGCACUUUUACUCAAUCACACCACCAGCAGCAUCAAUCUCAGCAGCAGCAGCAACUCUCACGACAUAGAACUGACAACAUGAUUGAUCCUUCCAAAGUUCAGCCACAGUAGCACGGGGAUUCACUUCUUCUAGAAGCAAACAGCAGGGAGGAGCUGCUCCAUAAACAGUUGCACUGAUGAUAGUAGAGGUAGAAGUCCAAAGGCUUUAUAAAGUACAGUAUUGAGGUCUACUUCUAACUUCUGGGAAUCUGUUUGCAGAAGAAACUACUACAAAAUGUUGUGGAGGUACCUUAGAUACAAACAGCAAAAAGAUAACAGGGACAUGGCCAACUUUGACAGUCUUUUAGUUGUCCCAAUUUCUGUGUUCUAAAGGAUGUGCUACCACGUAAUAACUUGUCCAGAUCAAGUCUCAAACCCUCAAUGAACCAAAAAGGGUUCUAAAAAUGUUGGUAUCUUUAGCAGUCCUGUAAGUUUGUCAAAUGUGACCAUGGACACACAGUUGCUCACAAUAAUGCUACAAAUACAGUCCAAAAGACAUUUAAUUUUUUUUUCAGAUGAUUAUGGGACAAGUAAAUAUUUUCAAAAUGUUGUGUGGAAUCAGAUUCUGUAUUGUACAGAUGUAAAAUAAUGUGUAUAUGUCUGGAUAAAAGGAGAGAGAGCAAAAAUAUUUUAUAUGAUGCAUGAAAAUGUAAUCUUGUUGUUUGUAGGUUUGAAUGUUUCCCUAAAUUCUCACACCAUGCGCCGACUAAUAUUUUCCUCUGUUCUACCCUUUUGUUUACAACAUGAUGCAUCAUAAUUUUCACCCUUAAUGUGGGCACAAGUCUCUUGUUUGUGCUUUGUCUGCGAUGUCACAGUUUGUUCAGUGAGGUAUAGUGUGCUGGUUAGUGGAUUUUUUGGGGUUAAAUUAUUGAUGAAACUGUUUGAACUGAUGGUCACGCAUCAGGAUCCAAGACAUUCAGAUUUCAGAAAUAUCAUCCAUCAUUUCACAAUUAUUCAUUGUUUUUUGAUUGAAAAAUAGGAAUUUGCACUGCUUUAUUGUGGAUGGUUUGGAAUUUUACUCCCCAAAGCUAUCUUUUGAUAUAGAUCAUAGUUGGAAAUAUUUAUGUAAAAGGUUUUAAAAAAACUACAUGAAAGUAAUUUUCAAGAAUGUGUCAGUUAUAGGAGUAAUUUGCACAACAAUAUAUUUACACUUAAUAACAUUUUAGGCACUUUUUAACCACCUUCUCUGUGGUGAGAAUUGUAACUUUUUAAAAUAUGUUGGAAUCUUUUUAUUGUCCUUUAAAAAUUAGAUCUUUCUUUAGUCAGAACUGAUUCAGGAUCAUUUUAAAACAAAAAAACAAGAAACCCAUAGUGCCUUGAUUUUAAUUCAGGUGAUAACAUUGAACAUCUUGAAUUAUGUUGUCUUGAAUCUGUUACGAUUUUACAAUUUUGAAGUCUUAGUACAAUCUCAACAAAAUGUGUUUCUACUUCAGAGCUAUAUCUUGUUUGUGUUCAUAUAUUACAAGUAUUUUAACAAUCGUCUGAGUUGAGAUCAUGAGCAUUUUUUAAAGGAGUGCCUCUCCCCUCAAACACUAAAAUGGAAACAGGUAUCUAAUGAUUUACCUGUAAAGUGUUCAGAGAAUAAGAAGUAGCGCUCUUUAGUGGCUCCAAAACACAGAUUAGUCAUUUGGGGGGGGGGGGGAUUAAUCUGACACUUUUUAAUCAGAUCAAAUCCAACUUUACUUUAUUGAUUGGAAUUUAAUGGAAAAAUAAAGAGGGGAUUAGGACUGCAUGUUUAACACUCUGAGUAUUGACUUAAAAAGGGAUACCACUAAACUAAGACUUCAAAAGGCAACCUCACUUUAUAAAGAUAAUAAAAAGUUCCAACAGAAAUGAUUUCCUAUUUUUAAAUGUUCAGUAGAUUUCUAUGGUACUACUUUGUACAGAUCACAUCUGCAGAGCAAAAUGAGCUAAUACCAAGGUAGACUUGGUAGUUAAAAAAGAAAAUUAAUUAAAAUUAACACUGAGGAGGGAAAGUUUUUAGUCAAGAAGCUGAAUUAAGUCAGAGUAUUAGGGAGGAGCUGUAUGAAUGUAACCAAAUUGUGGUGGAAUAUUAAAUAUUAGGAACAGUUUGAUUGUAUUAUUGGGUGACCAGAGCUGACUGAAAGGUAGUGCUAAGUUAGUGAACACUAGAUGCAGUUACCUUUUGAGGCUUCUUCCUAAAAUGAGCUUUGGCCUCUCCACUGUCAUCUCAUCAGAUUAGCCCCUCACCUCCAAACCAUAAAGCAACAGGUCAACAGUGGAUCCUGGGAGAAUCACAGUGGAAAAGGGAGGAGGGCAUAAGAAGUAAAGAACCAAAGAGAACUGGGUUGGUUUCUGUUCCAGGAAGUCUCUUGCAACAAGGAGUAGGAACAGAUACAAAUAUUAAACAUAUCCAGGAAACUUUCCAUUUCUGUGCUCUUUAAAGGCAUUUCUGUCAUUCCCUGAACCAAUAUAAUUGUCAGAAACAUAUAUUUUUUUUAAGUUUUAGAAAAGCAAAACUCCAUUGACUUCCCCGCCCCCCCCCCCCCCAUAUUGCCUUGCCUAAUCCUGCCAUACCAUUCCACCUGUAUCCAAAAUUUAAGAUGCAUUGACCAGAGGUCCAUUCCAUAAAGACUUUUAGUGGGAAAUAGACUUGUUAGGUAAAGGUUUUAACCUAAUUACAAUAAUAAAAUAGCACUAAAGAAGAAAAUUGGGAGAGCUUUAAUAUUACUCUUAGAAAUAUAGUGUGGUGGUAAAACCAGCCGAUAAACUGUAGCAGUUGCAGCUACAGUAAAUGCAGAGCAUAACCAGCAGACAGCUGAGAGAGUUUUAUAUAUAAGCUUCAUUCAAACCCCUUCUAUCAACCAAAAAAAUACUUUGGUGUGCUGUUGUAGGUCAGACAAUAAAAAGGCAGCCUAACUUAGGUGUGAGAGGUUUUUAUAUAAACAUAGCUAUUGGAAGAGGACUAAGAGGAAAAAAUCUGUCCUUUGAUCAAGAAGCCUUCCAUAAGCUCAGAGGGGAAAGUCAUCCAAAAAUGAAGCUACACUUUACCUGCUAGCUGAUAAAGAGAAGAGGGGGAAUUCUAAGAGACUGGAAAAUUAUUACAUACAUUUGAAAAGCUUCUGCCACAAUUCCGGCAAAUGUUAAAAAAAAAAAAAACCGAGAAAAAGCACACAGUAUUUCACUGACUCUAAUUGGCGUGGAUGCUCUGCUUCUCUUUCACUGACUAUUAAAGGAUUUGUGAUCAAACAAGGCUCACUUCUGCUCCUAUUAAAGUCAAUUGCAAAACUCCAUUGACUUCUGUGGGAAGAAAAUUGGGCCCCAGUCUCUCUCUCUUCUAAUCAGCCUUAUGCUUCUGGCCAGCUUAUUCACUGGUGUGGCAAACCUGUUGUUUGUGACAUCCCAAUAGAUAUCACAGCAGCAAAUGCUAUGAUGUUUAAUGUUACAGAAUGACUCUGACAGGAGUGAGGAAGUUGGAUAAGAAGGAGAAAAUGUUGUAUUAUGGAUAAAUGCCUUGGUGACAUACAGUUAAGAAAAAUAUCAUGCUGUAUUUUCUUAAUAGAGUUUUGAUGAGAAAAUUAGUAAGUUUGCCUGGGUUGGGUGAGAACUCAAAGAAAAGCCUCAGAAUUUCAGAGGGAAAAGAAAUAUAGCUAUUUUUAUAUUAUAUUUAAUAUAUGUUAUAUUUGUAUAUAAAUAUGAAAAGAUUAUAGUAAGAACUCUCCAUAUGCCUUCCAUUUUAUCUAAACGUUUACCUCCUGGUGCUAUGGCUCCAGUGUAUCACCAUCUUUGUAGGCAUUAUGCCUGUUGCCAACCAACAUCAAAGUUAAUGUUCCAAUAUCCUUACAACAGAUAGGCCCCAGUUCAGCAGUGUGCCUAACCUGAAGCAUGUAAGUUAGUCCAAUUUAAGUGAAUGCUGACAUACUGUGCUGAAUAGGGUCCUCAGUUCUCCUCAGUGCCCAUGCUGGCAAUUUUUCAUGGGAAAAGGAGAAACCCUCGCAAGACUCGAGUAGCGCAGUUUAAAAAAAGGUUUUGGAAUAAUGAUAAGCACUUUACUGAAAAGAACUAUUCGGAAAACAGUUAAUUAUUUUAGGCAAUGGAACGGUUCAAAAGUGGCCCAACGGGAUUCGAAUGUAGAAAACUGUCAAAGAGGCAUUUCUGGAAAAUGUUUCUAAAUGUGGUGAUCCUUUGAGGCUCUAAGCGUGAGAUUAAAAAGGCAUCUAAAAUUGGUUGAUUUUGUUUUAAUAUGGCCUUAGGAAAGGCUAAAUCUACAUAAAUACUAGCUUCUUUUGAGAUUUCUUUUAAAAUUGCACAAUUGCCUGUGAGAAAGAAAUGAUCAGUAGGCUUAUUAACCUGUUCAGUAAUUCUAAACGGCCCUUGGGAUUAUAAUUUGCAUUAAAAUAUGUGUAGAGGGUUUACAGAUGUGGCCUUUAGUAGACUGUUGCAGUCCCCAAAUCUAGAAUAACUAGUAUUCUUAGAGAUAAAACCAGAUGUAGUUAUGAGUACAUUUUAAAUGCCAUGGCAUCAUGCAAUGUCAGCACAUGCAUGUUAGAUUCGUGUCUCCCUUUGAAAUCAUUCUUGAAACAAGAUACUCAUUGAGAAGGGCUGGGGAAAUUAUUAUUUUUGGAUAAAAGGGAGAAAAAGACCAGCAUAGUACUGAAUCUUCUUUUUUUUAAUCCUCCCCAGUGGAAAAAGUUAAAAACUAUUUGAAACUCAUUGGGAUAAAGAAUUUUGUAUCUAGUAUAUUUGAAGUUGAAUGUUAAAUGGCUCAUAGUACAUGAGAGAAACUUUGAGAGAUUUUUAAAUUAAAUCUGGUUGUCCAUUAGAACUUUUUUUUUAAUAUCCUGAUUUUAACACUACAUUCCUUGUUUUUUUCUUUAAUAAACAAGUAAUUUACAGGCUCUGUUUGCUUCAUGCUUUGUCAUCUGCAUGGGUUUGGCCAGCAUGGUAUGCUAAAUUGUACCUAUAAAUAAAAAGGAAAAACAAAACACUGUGUAUGAACAAAAUACUGUAUUGCCUGAUAUGGAGAUCCCAGCCAAGACUGAGAAGUGCUGCACUAACAGACAAUCAAAAUGGGUGACUAUUUAUGAAAGACUUUGGGGAAUGAUCUUAAAGAAGUAACUGCUUUGAAAGCAGUUGGUUUUUUUUUAAAUAAGGUAAAACUAUUUAUUUUAAAAUAUAUCAAUUGGAUUGAAUUUUGAGUUUUUAAGCAGUGUUGAAUUCACAGUGUCUUGGGUUUUGGUUUGGUUUUGUACUUUCUAACUGGCAUUAGAAUUGUAUAUGUAGAAAACUAGUGCCACUCAUACUGACGUCAGGAAAUGUAGAUACAGUUUCCUGGUGUUCAUGUGACCAUUACUAACUGUCAAUUUUUUAAAUUGAAUAAAUGUAACUCAUUUGAAAUUCUACUUCUUGUAGCUUCUAAGGUUCUGGUAACUUUUCUGAUUUCACUUUUAUAUCCUACAGGGUUCCAUAGUUAAAGAUCUCUUAACAUUUGAACAAAUAUACCAAAGGCACUUCCUUUCUUCCAUACCCUGACAAAGAACAGUGAUAUGGCAAAUGAGGGUAGAGCUAUAUUUAAAAUGUAUAUUGCACUUUUUCUUGCCUACUUUCUGUAUCGCUUCAUAAAAUGAUGGCCUGUCCUGAAGAUUACAGAGAUGUCAGUGUUUCUUAUAUCUGGUAUUGUUUUCAGCCCUUGUGUAAGGGAUAUAAGACAGAUGGCAGUCUCUGUUUUAGUUAAAAUAAUCUAAUGCUUUCAAAGAGUAGUAUUAUCUGUUCAGAUUAUGCCCUUGGAUAUAUCUGUGUAUUCUUCAUGAUGCGUAGGUGUAACAGAAGGCAGAAUUUGACCUAAUUUAUGUGUCUUCAUUACUAUCUUGAAACUGAUCAAGCCAGUCUUGUUUGAAUAUGUACUCUUUGCAACUAAAAUGUUUUAAUAAUGAA